GGGAGGCUCAGGAGAGCGGAGGCGGUGUCGCCGGGCUCUCCGGAAGGAGACGUGGCGGCGGUUGGGUCCCCGGCUCCCCUGGCGCUUUGUAGUCCCGCCGCCUCCUCCUCCUCCUCCCCCUCUUCUCCUCUGUGGGCAGAGGAGGUUGUGGCGGCGGCUGGAGAAAGCGGCGGCGGAGGAUGGAGGAAGGAGGCGGCGGCGCGCGGAGCCUUAUCCCUGGUGGGCCUCUGUUACUGGUCCUUUGUGGCCUUCUGGAGGCGUCCGGCGGCGGCCGCGCACUUCCCCCGCUCAGCGAUGACAUCCCCUUCCGAGUCAAUUGGCCCGGCACCGAGUUCUCUCUGCCCACAACUGGUGUUUUGUAUAAAGAAGAUAAUUAUGUCAUCAUGACAACUGCACAUAAAGAAAAAUAUAAAUGCAUACUUCCUCUUGUGACAAGUGGGGAUGAGGAAGAAGAAAAGGAUUAUAAAGGCCCUAAUCCAAGGGAGCUAUUGGAACCACUAUUUAAACAAAGUAGUUGUUCCUACAGAAUUGAAUCUUAUUGGACUUAUGAAGUAUGCCACGGAAAACACAUUCGGCAGUAUCACGAAGAAAAAGAAACUGGUCAGAAAGUAAAUAUUCACGAGUACUACCUUGGGAAUAUGUUGGCUAAGAACCUACUAUCUGAAAAAGAACAAGAAGCAGAGGGAAAAGAAAAAUCAAAAGAGAUUCCCACUAAAAAUAUUGAAGGUCAGAUGACACCCUACUAUCCUAUAGGAAUGGGAAAUGGCACACCUUGUAGUUUGAAACAGAACCGACCCAGAUCAAGUACUGUGAUGUAUAUAUGUCAUCCUGAAUCUAAGCAUGAAAUUCUUUCAGUAGCUGAAGUUACAACUUGUGAAUAUGAAGUUGUUAUUUUGACACCACUCUUGUGCAAUCAUCCUAAAUAUAGGUUCAGGGCAUCUCCUGUGAACGACAUAUUUUGCCAGUCACUACCAGGAUCACCAUUUAAACCCCUCACCCUGAGACAGCUGGAGCAACAGGAAGAAAUACUAAGGGUGCCUUUUAGGAGAAAUAAAGAGGAAGAGUUGCAGUCAACUAAAGAAGAGAGAUUUCCUGCAAUCCACAAGCCCAUUUCUGUUGGCUCUCAGCCAGUGCUCACUGUUGGAACAACCCACAUAUCCAAAUUGACAGAUGACCAGCUCAUAAAAGAGUUCCUUAGUGGUUCUUAUUGCUUUCAUGGGGGUGUUGGCUGGUGGAAAUAUGAAUUCUGCUAUGGCAAACAUGUACAUCAAUACCAUGAGGACAAAGAUAGUGGGAAAACCUCUGUGGUUGUGGGAACAUGGAACCAAGAAGAGCAUAUUGAAUGGGCUAAGAAGAAUACUGCUAGAGCCUAUCAUCUUCAAGACGAUGGUACCCAGACAGUCAGGAUGGUGUCACAUUUUUAUGGGAAUGGAGAUAUUUGUGAUAUAACUGACAAACCAAGACAGGUGACUGUAAAACUAAAGUGUAAAGAAUCAGAUUCUCCUCAUGCUGUUACUGUAUAUAUGCUAGAGCCUCACUCAUGUCAGUAUAUUCUUGGGAAGGCUUCUGGGCAGUUUUGCUGAUAAUGCCAUCUCUGAAGACAUUUUAUCAAUCAACAAAAUAGAAGAUUUAUUUAGAGACACGUUUUUUCAGACAGUGAUGACACUGAUAAUAUAUGUGAUUAUAAAAUGAAGUGACUAUGCUUCCUUUUGAAAACAUAUAUGCCAAAUCUCAUACCUGGAGGUAAGUUUUACCUGUAUCAAAGUAGUCCUCAUAUGUGAGACAGACUUAGGAUCAAAUUAGUUUGGCUACUUCCAGGCAGUGUUAUCUUGGACAAACGGCAUAUUCAACUUACUGCAUUAUCUAUAAAUGUGGACAUAAUACGUAGUUCAUAGGGUUUUCAAGAGGAAUAACUGAGAUAAUGUAUGUGAUGUGUUGCGAAGUACUUUGCAAACUGUCCAACAAAUAGUCCAAAACAAUAGUAAUAGUUGGUCAAGGCAGUUGUUUUUCCCCGGAUUAGUUUCCUUAACUUAUUUAUAGUUAUUUAUAUUCUUAAACCACAUUGUUGGAAAAGUUUUCAUCAACCACCUCCAAAAAAGUGUUUCAUCCCCACAAAGCCAGUCUUGGGUCAUUAUUCCUUGAAUUUCAGAAGGCUCGGUUGAUGUUAGGCACAGAGAUGACAGGCUACCCCAGACUCUGCUUCUGUAGUAAUAAAAAUGACAGCUGCUAUUUAUUGAACAUUUUGACAUACUUCGCUCUAUGCGUACUUUAUGUACCCUGAUCACAUAUGAUCACAACCGUAUGAGGUAGGUUUACUAUCUUUAAUUUAAAGAUAAAAACAAGGCACAAAGAGUUGAACUAAGUUGCCUAACUUACACAACUAUAGGUGGCUGAGCCAUCUUUUGAACCAAUUCAGAUUCCUGAGUCCACAUUCAUUAAUAGAAUGCAAUAGUGCUUUCUAUUCACAGAAACAUUUUCUGUUAACAUCUCCCACCUUAGAACACAGGAGGGCUUUAGUGAAAUGCCCUGUAAAAUGAGGGAAGCAAUUGAUUUUCUCCUGGCAACCAACAUGUGACACUCAUUUUUUUUCCAUAUAACGUUUUUAUUAAAUGGAACACCACUAACUUCUUAAGCUAAUGCAACUCACAAAUCUAACAAAUGAAAAGUCACUAGUAGUUUUCAAGUGUCACCUUGGGAAUUUUGGCUUGGUUAAAUGCCAUCAAACACUCCCUUCUUUGAAAUUCCUUUACUGAUGAUAAAUACUGUAAGAACGGUGAUAAUUUAAACUCAGAUUAUAUUUAUGAUUUAAGUAAUAUAAAGAUAAUUCCUUAAUCUUUUAUUUAGUUUUUCUGUUUUGGAGUAAAGAAUGUGCCUUACUUUUGUUCCUCCUCAGUCCUUGCAUAAAGUUGACAUUAAACAAAUAUUUGUUGAAUAGAUGAAUGAACUCUUACCCUCCCUUACCUGCACCCUCUAAAAUUUUCCCCAACUACUCCAAUUCCCUUUACACUCCUCAUUUUUCAGUAUUUGUUCUUUAAGGAAAAAAAAAUCUUUUUCUGUUUUACAAUGAUUGAGAAAGAAAAAGGAGUAGAAUUAUAGAUUUUGUUCUGUCCUAUAUUCCAUUUUCACUCAUUCUCCACAGUAUCAUUUAAUUCAUUAUCUGCUAUCUUACAGUUCUUUCUCAUUGUUCCAUACAUUGCAUCUCCUCCCUAACAACAGUGCAGUGUCUAUGUCUCCAUCCUCUUUUGUAUUUCCCUCACUAGAAAGCAUUGAUUGAAAUAACAUCCCUGAUCACCAGGGUCAAGAAAGGAAUUUUUCAAUCCCCCACUUCAUGAAACUUAAAACAUUCCAAUUCUUAGGUUUUCUAUAAACUCCUCACAGAAAGGGACUAACACUGUGUCUUCUUUGUGAUGAGCACAAUUCCAAGACUUAUCUUUCCUCAAAAUAAUAAUUUAAUUAGUUCUUACAAUUUCUUGGACAUACAUUGUUGCAGAGCCAAACAACUGAGCAGGAAGCUUUCACAAGCCCUUCUUAAUGUCAGAUAUGAAAAUGUGUUGAAAAUGAAGCCUUUAUACAGGUUAUGAAACCUAGUGCUGCUGCCCCAGAAAACAGGCAUAAAGCACUCUUUGUGCCUGAGUUUGUAAGGCCUAUCUGGCAUUUGAGCAAACCAGAUUUUGUAAAACAUCAGACUGCAUGAAAAUCAAGAUUCCCUCAUUGGAAAGAUCUCCCACUCAUCAGCAUGCUGCAGGCAAACAAGGGCUCAGGAAAAUGUUGAAAGGACAAACCUCACAUAAAUGGAACUCAGAGAAAAAAAAAAAACUGAACUUAUUUUGGUACCAGCUUAG